AUGACGCAAAAUUCUUCACCUCUGACGACGACGACCGAAAACGAGGACCCAAAGAAGAAAACAACGGGAGGAGCAUCAACAUCCGCAGGGUGGUGCUCGAGAAAAAAUCCGACUCAAAACGAAAAACAAACGCUGAUAUUGAAACUUGUGAACAAAAAAGCGACGGUACAUCGGCUGUUGCUCACCUCGCACGCGUAUAAAAUCGCCUCUAAAGUACACGUCUCGGCGGUAACGGUGAACGAAAAGACCGGUACAGAAGAGACGAAGAAGCUCGGGUACGUGUCGUUUACGGAGAACAGAGAGAGUAAUUUUUACGCGAGAGAGUUGAAGACGAUACAUUUAGUGGCAGAGAACUGCGUUGGGUUGAAGCUAGAGUUUGACGAGGCGUACGUGAACGAGAAGAACGAACACAAGCAGAUUGGCAUCGCGAAGAUUCAGAUUAUCGGGAUGACGCUCGAGCAAAAAAUGGCCAACGCCAACAACGCCAACAACAGUCUUUUUGCAGCGGCCGCGAGAACACCGGAGGCGAAAAUUGUGAAUUCAAACGCACGCUCGAUGCAUCUGUCGUCCUCGUUUACCACCACGACGCGAAAAAACAACGCGACGACGAAUACCACGUUCACGUCGCCGCCGAUGUUUGAAAACGCGCCGUGCGACGCGAAAACGGCCAGACGAAUCCAAGAGACGCAAGCGUUGAAACAAAAAGCAGUGGAAGUGGAAGAUUACGACGAAGCGAAGCGAUUGAGAGACGUGAUGAGUCGUUUGCGUAAGUUUGGUGCCGCGGUAGCUGCACUCGAAGCGAAGAAAAUGAACGCGGUCAGGUUGGAAGAUUACGACACGGCGAAAACGUUAAAAGCUGAAAUUGAAAAGAUGGAUUUCGACGCGUUUGAGAAAAGCACGACGACGACGCAUCAAAAUAACAACAACAAUAAUAGCGCGGCGAGUAGUCCAAUCUUAGGCAUGCGCGUGAAAAACGACGAGAAUGGAAACGAGAUCGUCGUUAAUGCGACUAAUAAGUCGUUCGAUUUUGACCCAGACGACGGCGGCGCGAAAGGGAAGAGUGUUGCCGCGCAGUUUCCGCUUUCCGAAAACACAAACACGCGGCCCGACGACGCCAGCGCUAUUGGGUUAUCGAACGAUGAAAUCCCUGCACGCGCGAGUGGUCGCGCAAAGUCUCCGCCGACGUCGCCAGGUUUACAAAGUGGGAACAGCGACGGCGACGGCGGAUCUUCUUUCACUCCAGUCAGUAGAUUUUCCUCUCUUGGAUCGGAAAUAAUGAAGAACGGGGAGAACAGCACUCCUCAGACAACCACCGCCGAGGAGGAGGAAGAAACGUUGCAACUCUCCGCGAGCGAAGAAAGAGACAUGGAACCGAUGUUCGCUAUAUUUAGCGCGGAUGUAGUUGCGAGACUCAUCAAAAGCGAACGAUGGCGCACGCGAGACGCCGCUUUGACUGAAAUGAACACGGUUCUACUCAGUGCAAAAAGUGUUACCGUGGAGGAUACGAAUCAAUUCUUCGUCUCGGUCUGUCGCGUUCUGGCGCAAAAGUGUCUUUGCGACAAAAUAGCAUCGGCGUUCAUUCGCGCGUGCGAAACGCUCCGAAUUCUGUGCACGUUUUGUUGCGAAAAAACAAACUUUAACGCCAAAAGUAGCGGUGGCACCAACGUCUCGGCCGUUCUUUCCAUUGAAGUUGUGCCUUUCCUGCUCGAACGUUUAGCCGAAGCGCACGCGCGGGCGAGAGAUGCGGCGAAAGAAACGCUCGCGCACGUUGCCUCCACGGUGGAAAAACAGCACGAAUCGUUCAUCAUUUUAGAGAAGAUAGUCGAAGCGCAAAAGAAGAAAGUCGGUAGCUCUGGAGGGAAAGGGAAAGGGUCCUCUGGUCGCUCGUCCUCGUCGUCGUCUUCGAUCGUUUCGUCUGCCUCGUCAAAACCAGUCGCCCCGCGCGCGAUGGUCAAGCGCUUAGAAACGCUCGGCUUGAUUUGCUCUAGUUUCGGUAUGAACACGUCUCACGGUGUGCACGCGGUCAACGCUGCGUCUAAAGCGUUGACGUUUUGUUGUGAAAACUUGGAAAACAAUUCUGGCGAGGUAAGGAAAGCCGCGGUAGAAUCGUUGGCGUUCAUCGGGACGUUUACCGGUAGGAGCAAAGUGCGCGAUAAGCUACCGAAAACGUUGAAGAGUUCAAUUCGCGACGCCGUCGAACGCGCGGUAGAUGCAAAAGUAUCAUCAGUCGAGGAUAAAAAUAAGAAUAACGACGACGAAGUAAUCAUCGAUUUGAAAAAGAAACCGAGUGAAUCGGCGACGAAGAAUCAAACGAGUAGUAGUAGAGUAGCGGUAGAAAAAGAAGCGGCUUCGAAAGUAUUCGAAGCGCCGUCAAACUCGUUUGAGUUUAAGAAGAAGAGCGCCGCGAGUGAAACCGAUAAAGCGAUAUUCUCUCGUCCGCGCGAAGGAGAAAAACAACCCGAAGUCGAUUCUGAAGAUGACUCCGAUGAUGAUUCCAACGACGACGACGAAGACGAAGACGAUUACCCGUCCAUCGAAGAACUCCAACGCGAACUCUCCGCGCUCUCCGUCACCAAAGGCACCCGCCAUCCAGACUACGCGCGCGUUCUCGUCGACCUCGCCGCCGCGAAAUCCGACCAAGAAGACUACCUCGGCGCGGUCCCUUUAUACGAACAAGCCUUGCGCAUCCAAGAAAACGCCCUUGGCGACGACCAUCCGAGUUCCGUUCAAACGCUCACCGACUUGGCGAUUUGCAGAUUAGAUUUAGGCGAAACUAAUAAAGGGAAGCCGUUGUUAGAACGCGCGUUGGUUCUGCAAAAGCAACAAUUAGGCGACGACCACGCGGACGUCAUCGCCAUACGAGAGGUUUUGAUGAGCUUGUAA